UGGCUUGCUGUGGCAAAAGUAAUAAAUCCUCAGAUCACGAGAUAAUGAAUACAGACUUUGUUCCAAUCAUCUUGAACUUAGAGCUUGUGUAUCCUUCACGAAACCCUGAUGAUGCAAAGGACUGGGAUAAAGUCUAUGACCAAGACAAGACUAUCAGAAUCAUUGACAAUCGUGGCCCUUGCAUCGAGAAGUCCAUCAGCGAGAUGUCCAAGAAGAGAAUGGGCAUAAAGGAGCAACUUAAGGAAAAAUAAGCAAAACUAUAAAGAGCUUGAAGAAGAGAAAUACAAAGUGCAAAUGGAGAUUGAAAAAGUAAAACUAGAGACUCAGGUCCUUGAAGAGAUGCUCAUCUGCAAGCAACUCGAUAUUAAUAAACUUACAGAAAUCCUUGAAGAUAAGGCUGAUCAUGUUGAAAUUAAUGAUGUUAACCCUGAACUCCUCUCAGAAGAAGAUUAA